GCCAUGUGAUUCAGAAAAACUCAUAUGAUUUAUAACUUUCAAACAUGAACAACAGCACAUAAUACUGAAACAACUAUCUCAAAAAAGAAGCUAUCAUUUGAAAAAAUACUGUUCACGGCCGACGGAAAUGAAGCAACAAAAAAAAGUCAUUUUGCUUCGUCCUACGAACAAAGCCAAUGUUCCUCUCUCUCUGUGGCACUCUGCUCAAAAUUUGAAAAUGUUGAGGGUGAACAAGAACAAGGAGUCUGGAGAUAAUACAUCUAUAAAGAAAUGUAAAAGGAAAGGUCGCCGAAGGAGGACAAUUAAAGCGAAGGUGUACGCAAGAAUCGCUUCCAAUGCACUGUCUCCAAAACGAAAAUCGAACGUUGGGCUAACAAAAUCUAAAAAUGCCUCAUCGACUAGUGUGCCCAUCGCAGCGAAGAGCGAAGACUCCAUCAAAACAACAAAAGUGCUCGAUUUGAACAAAGAGUUUCUCGGUGACAACGCGCAACUGGAAGAAAUGCCGGAAGAGUGGGUCCGCUGCCUGGAAUCGCACUAUCGCAAGCUUACCGACGCGCAAAACGUCCUCGCGCUUUUAAGGAAGUCCAAACAGUAUCCUAUUAAGGUGAAAAUCGUCAAAAAGAACAAGCGUUUGAAGAAAAACGCGGUGAAAUAAGCCAACUAGAACCGCACGGGGGGCUUCAUCAAAUUUCCUGUUCGCGAGGUCAACCUGUGACUUUUCAUGCAUCGUCUAUCCCGUCGGACACGCAUCUUUUAUACUUCAGUUAUUCUGUUUUAACUCUAUACUGUAAAUAAAUAUGUCAUCUCACGUUUAUUUCAAUCAA